UGGCUAUUUCCAACACUCCUACUAAAGAAAUCGAUUGUUGGUGGCAAAAGGAUGAGCCAGCAAGGAAAGAGUUAAGGGUCCCCCAGCACCUGAGUGAAUGCCCUCCGGUCAGCAGAAAUACCAAGUGUUCGGAAUUUAACAGGUUGUCAUGGCGACCAGCAAUGACCCAGAGGAGGAGCAGAUUGUUCCCGAUACAGAAGAUGGAGCCGAUGUGAAGGCGGUACAGGCUCGGUACCUCCGAAGUCCUUCUCCCAGCCAGUAUUCCAUGGUCUCAGAUGCUGAAACAGAGAGUAUUUUCAUGGAUCCCAUUCAUCUAUCAUCAGCAGUCGCUGCCAAGCAAAUCAUCAAUGAAGAGCUCAAGCCAAGGGGAAUCAAAACGGAUACUGUAUGCCCUGGGAUGCUGGAGUCUGCAGAGCAGCUACUGGUAGAGGAUCUAUACAACAGGGUCAAAGAGAAGAUAGAUGACACCAGUCUGUACAACACACCUUGUGUCAUGGACCUUCAACGGGCUUUGGUUCAAGACCGCCAGGAAGCCCCCUGGAAUGAGGUGGAUGAGGUCUGGCCUAACGUCUUCAUUGCAGAAAAGAGUGUGGCCGUGAAUAAGGGGCGGCUGAAGAGGUUAGGUGUGACUCACAUCCUUAAUGCAGCUCACGGCACAGGUGUUUACACUGGACCAGAGUUCUACAAUGGCAUGGAGAUCCAUUACCUAGGUGUAGAGGUGGAUGAUUUCCCUGAGGUAGACAUCUCCCAGCAUUUUCGGAAAGCUGCAGAGUUCCUUGAUGAAGCUCUGCUAACCUACAGAGGGAAAAUCCUGGUCAGUAGUGAAAUGGGUAUCAGCCGCUCAGCUGUGUUAGUGGUUGCUUACCUGAUGAUUUUCCACCAUAUGACCAUCCUAGAAGCCCUGAUGACUGUGAGGAAGAAACGUGCCAUCUACCCCAAUGAUGGCUUCCUGAAACAACUGAGGGAGCUGAAUGAGAAGUUGAUGGAGGAACGAGACCAGGAUUAUGGAAGGGAAGGAGGGGAUUAUGAGGAUGAAGUAGGCAGUCAUUCUGCACCAAUGGGUGAAGGAGACACAGGGAGUGUGCUUGGGGCCAGAGUACACUCAAUCAUUGUGGAGGAGGAGGAGGAUACCACCAGCACCCUGAGUGGUUCUUCGGUGAGGACCACUGGCAGGGUCUCCAAGCCUGUCACCCUCAUUGAUGAAGAAGAGGAGGAGAAGUUGUAUGAAGACUGGAGGAAGAAGCAAGGUCUCCCCCAGUGUAGGAAUGGACAACCACCAUCACCCUUGGAUGAGGACGGAGGUAAAGAGUCUGAGGAGGAUUUAAAGAGGGUCAUUCAGGAGUGGCAAAGUCGAAAUGAGAAGUACCAAACAGAAAGGUCCCAGAGGUGGUCUAGGGAGGAGGCAGAGGAAGAAGAGGGGGAGGGGGAUGGAGACUCCCUCUCGGGGAGAAGCAGGAGACGUACAUUCAGUGAAUGUAGCACCUCAGAGAGUACAAUAAGCCGUGAUAUCCGAAUCCUGAAGCAGCAGUUGGAGCUCAGCAGCCAGAGGCAGACACAAAGGAGGCGUUCUGACUCAGUGUCCUCAGAGAGCACCUGGGACAUGUGGAACCAAAGACUGUUGGAGAUUGAGAAAGAAGCAUCUCAAAAAUAUCACUGUAGGAGCAGACAGGAGGAAACUGAGUCAAAUUCAGAGACAGGGAGGAGAGAGAGAGAAGAUGAUGAGGAAAGUGUGGCCUCAGAUGCCAGUUCCUUCUAUAACUUCUGCAAAAGGAACAAAGAUAAGUUGACUGCCCUAGAGCGGUGGAAGAUCAAGAGAAUUCAGUUUGGAUUUCACAAGAGGGAUUCAGAGGCAGGAGAUGGCAGUAAUGAACAAAGUGAAGAGACCACAGAAGGGGAGAAGAAGAACCUCUCAGAUGUCAACCUGACAGCCUACCAGGCUUGGAAGUUAAAACACCAGAAAAAGGUGGGCAAUGAAAACAAGGAUGAGGUGGUGGAGCUCAGUAAAGGUGAGGACUCGGUUUUGGCCAAGAAGAAACAAAGAAGGCUGGAGCUGCUAGAGAGGACCAGGCAGACCCUGGAGGAGAGUCAGUCCAUGGAUAGCUGGGAUGCUGAGAGUACAGCUACCAGCAAAAGUAUUCCCCUUUCUGCUUUCUGGCCUUCUGUGGCCUCUGCCAGGGCUGAUGGGGACUCAGCCUCCAUGCUGAGCAUGCAAAGCAACAGAUCCCAACUUUCUCAGACUCCAAGCUCUAUCUCAGGCCCCAUGCCUACCAUACCUUUGCCCAACCUGCCAGUGGGACCUGGAGACACCAUCUCUGUGGCCAGCAUCCAGAACUGGAUUGCCAAUGUGGUCACUGAGACCCUUGCUCAAAAGCAAAAUGAGAUGUUAUUGCUGUCUCGUCCUCCCUCUACUGCAAGCGUGAAGCCCAUUCCCUUAAGCAAUGGUCUGGGAGAUGAUCAAAUGUCCUGCCUUAGUGGGCAGAGUGCCCAAUCCUUAGGCACCUCCUUGCUGACUCGUCCCCAUGACAGACCCAGUGCUGACACUCAGUCCAUGUUGUCCUGUAGCACAGUGAGCUCAAGAACUGAAGGAGCUAGGGGAAAGGGAACAAGUAAGCCUUUCUAUAGCCUCUUUGCCGAUGACAUUAACCUGAAAGAGCUUAGACAGAAGGAAAAGGAGAUGCAAAGUGGUAUAAGAGAGAAGAUGUCUGAAUACAAAAUGGAGAAACUUGCUUCAGACCACAAACGCAGUCACCUGUUCAAGAAGAAGAAGGCAAAGGAAGAAGAAGAGGAUGCAGGAGAAGAAGACACUGAUAGUGCCAUAGGGAGUUUCAGAAAUUCUUCCCAGAGUGAGUCUCAUAAGCCUGAGACAACCAUCUCCUCUUCCUCCUCCUUGGUUGUCUCUGAUCGUCAUGGAAGUACCAAUGUGGCUAACUUAGAAGUGGACAGAAGUAUUAAUAGGUGGCUCAGUGGCCUCAAGACAGAAGGAGAGGUUCCUCCCCAACGGAGCUGGUCUAGAAGCUCUGGGGAGAAGUACACCAGGUCAAGUACUCUCCGGGAAGUGAAGUCAGAAGCCUCCAGUUACAGGAUUUCCAAGUCCCAUUCAGAAGAACGGGACAGCUCAUCACAUCAUGAGUCAGAUGGCAGCUCAGUGAGGAGUACCUCCCGAUUCUCUUCUUCUUCCACUCGAGAGGACAAGGAAAUGUACAAAUUCUCUAGGUCAAAAUUCAGGGAGACCUCAAGGUCCAGAGAAGAAAGUCCUGAGCCAUACUUCUUCCAAAGGAGCCCAGAACCUUCCCAAGGAGAGGAGUCCCCUGAGCCACUGCGACGGAGCUGGGCCAGAACCCAUGAUUGGGAUGAUGUUGAAGAAUCAUCCAAAUCAGACUUUUCUGAAUUUGGAGCCAAGAGGAAGUUUACCCAGAGUUUCAUGAGGUCUGAUGAGGAAGGAGAGAGGGAAAGAAUGGAAAAUACUGAAGAAGGAAGAUUUGCAUCGGGGCGACGGUUCCAAUAUCGGAGAAGCACCGACAAAGAGGAUGAGGAAGAGAUGGAUGAUGAAGCUGUCAUCGCUGCCUGGAGACGCCGGCAAGAAGAAACCAAGACUAAACUUCAGAAAAGGAGAGAAGAGUAAGGAGGGCAGUACAACAUCUGUUGAUGUUGCUUAAGCAGAAAGGAGACAGAUAGAGAGACCCAAAGCUCACAUCUGGCUAUUGGACAGAUGCAGGCUUCCCAUGGCCUAAUCCUCUAAGUCUCUGAGCUCAGGUAUUUGGAAAUGAACAAAUGAAUCCCAGAGUGCUAAGCUUCUUACGUACCCGCCAUUUUGUGGGAAGACAUGUUUAAAAUCAGUGUGGCUGUGAACCAAUAUCCAGGGUAUAUAUAUAUGGCUGGUACAUUUUAUAGAGAGAGUGCUAAUUCUUCUGUGGCAGGCUACUUAGUCAGAGUAGCAAUGAAUUCUGCUUGUAUUUUAUUUAAUGUAGUAAAUCUUCAUUAAACAUGAGUUCUGUCAAAAUCUUC